AUGGCACGCAAUAAGAGCGACGCCUUGUCGCAGAAGCGUCGGUUUUCUAAGGUGUAUGGUGGCAUGAGCUCAGGCAGCAAUACGAAACGGCAACGUCAAAAGCCACAGAAGAUAUUCAAUCAGGUAUACGCACCUGAAGAUACCGUGUUGGUGCUUGGGGACGGCGAUUUUUCCUUCUCUCGCAGCCUCGUCAAGCACCGCGGCACUGGCCGUGGGGUCUUUGCAACGUCUUUUGACUCGGAAAAAGAAGUCGGCAAUAAAUAUUCAAACGCUCCGGAAUGUAUGGCAGCUGUAAAGUCUGCGCAAGGUCUUGUGUUGCAUGAUGUGGACGCUACGAAGCUACUUGAAUUGCCUCGACAGGUGAAGACUGGAAUGGGUAUGAAGAUGAUUCCGGACUUUUUUCACUCACGUAACGCUCAAGACGCGCCCCCCUACUCCAACUGGUUCAUUGAGGACCAAGCCAAGGAUGCAGGAUUUGUCAUGAAGGACCGACGGAGGUUUGAUAUUCGUCUAUUUCCUGGCUAUCGCCAUCGCACGACGGACCCACGAGCCAAAACGUUUGAGCCUGAUCUCUGCGUCACGUAUGUGUUCGUAGUCAACCGAUCUAAGUACCCUUUUCAACAAAGUCGUGCAGCUUUGAACGCGGCAAGUGCUAAAACUGCAGCUAUUCAAGCGAGUGAGUGGAACGACCUGGCGACCACAAUUGUCAAUAUUGCAAAUGCCCAGGCGCCUGAUAGCACGAAAAUGAUCGACAAGACUUCUGUUGGACGCAGUCUUGAGCCGAAAACUUCCAGAAAGAGAUCCGCCGUCUUCGUGGCGUGUCACGAACAGCAGGCAAAGAAGAUUCGACCACUCCAUGUUCUUCCCGGCGUUUUGUGGAAACCUCUGCACAGACAAUUAGGAGGAAUCUAUAUCAAUACAGCUAGGAUUGGUGGUAAUCAAUACAGGACGCGGCUCAAAGUUAGCUAUAUUUUGCGUCCUUGA